AUGAUUUUCGAUACAACUAUUGUUAAUAUUUUGUCAGAGACCCAAUCCUCAACUGAUCCAGAAAUGUCCCUCACAGACGUUUCAUCAGAUGAUAGCAUCCAUCUGACAACUGAGACCACUCGUGUGCCCUUAGCGACAAACUUCUCUUCCAUCUACAACACAUUGACAACAACCUUAUCCACAUUGUCAGAUGUUGAAGGACUCCUGAUGGAGGUUGACACAGACAUCCAAAAUCACCUGUCAGUGCUGUGCUGCAACAAAGAAACUGGUAGUAAUGAUACGAUUUCCUAUAAUAACGCGUCUAAUGACACAAUGGCGUCUGAAAAAACUCAUAUGCCGCCAUAUACUCUUUGGCUAACAAUAUUCAUAGCCAUCUCUAUUGGUUUGUGUAUUAUACUUACUGUUGCUGGUAACAUUCUGGUUUUAAUGGCUUUUGCCGUAGAAAGAGCUAUUCGACAACCAAGCAAUUACUUUAUUGUGUCUUUAGCGAUUUCAGACUUACUAAUCGGAAUAGUGUCAAUGCCCUUUUAUGCCGUUUAUGUGCUGGUCGGUCGAUGGGAUCUUGGGCCUAUUCCUUGCGAUCUAUGGCUUGCCACUGACCACACAGUUUGCCUAGUUUCAAUUUAUACAGUGCUACUGAUUACCAUCGACAGGUACUGUUCUGUUAAGAUUGCUGCCAAAUACCGAAAUUGGCGUACUAAAAACAAGGUAAUAUUCAUGGUAGCAGUCACGUGGAUUAUUCCUUUUUUAGUGUUUUUUAUUAGCAUCAUGGGAUGGGAGCAUUUUAUUGGCUUUAGAGACCUGAAUCCUGGAGAGUGUGCAGUUCAAUUCCUUAAAGAUCCUGUCUUCAACACUUCUCUUAUCUUUGGUUAUUUUUAUGCCACGUUAGUAGUUCUUUUUGUUCUUUAUGGUGGAAUAUACAAAACAGCUAGUGACAUGCAGAAAAGGUCAGCAGCAAAGCAAAAGAAAAUGCAGAGUCUUGUAGCCAUGGGAAGGGCACCAGGUGGAAAGAGGUCAAUUGGUAUGUCUAAAACACAGAGUACUUUAUUAAGUCAAGACAAACCAAAACCUGUCCAGACAGAACAUACGACUUCUAUGCUUCCCGUAGGAGAGUUGAAUCCUCCAAAUCCUCAUGUUAAAGGACAUGGCAGUGGAGACUCGUCAUCUAGUCAGAAAACGGCUUCAAACAAAACUGGAAACACAGAAACCACUAGUUUCUCGGACAAAAAAGAUGCCCCUGAACCAGAUCGAUCUAGCAGUCCAAUGUUUGACUCUGACGAGGAAAGCUAUCAAAAUCCUACAAAAUCAAAAAAUGCAGAAAGUAAAACCAAAGGUAAGAAAGUUGUUAAAGCUGUUGUCUUGAACAAUAAAGUAAACAGUGUACAAAAUGCAGACGCAGCCAAAUCCCCUGUUACCGAUGAUCCAAUUCCUAAAAUAGUUCUCCCACCUACAGUACCACCUCGGUCUCUUCCAUUAGAUUCUAAAAAUGACAUAUCCAGAGAAGAGAGCCCUUUACACAAUGACAAUAUAGUGACUCUUAAGUACGAGCAACCUAAUUUUGUUUUGGGAGUAUCUUCACCGGCAGAGAGUACUAUUUCAUUAACAGAGAAGUGGGUUAACAUGAAUGAGAGGCUACAUCCUCCCAAGACCUUGAACUUAGAGUCAGUAAAAGAAGAACAACCAUUGGAACAUUUAGAAACUAAUGAUAUGAGAUAUAUUGAUCAGGACAGUUCUGUAGUUAUGCCUUCUCCUUCCAGUGACACAGCACCUGCAGACACUUCUCUGCCAAUAGAGGGCAUUCCUGAACCUCGUACAAAAGAUAAAGCAGUGAACACAGAUCCUGUAGUUUUGUAUGACUUUUCUGUUAUUCAUUCUCGACGAUUUCUGAAGAAAUAUAGCGUUAUGAGCAUGCAGGUUGAAAGUGUGUCUGAUUCCAAAACUGUAACACGUAUUGCUAAACCAGAAGAGUUACAGCCCAUAAUUGAUCAUGACCAGUCGACCGCUAGAGUUGCUUCUGGUAAAAGUUACUCAACAACUCAUUUCAAGAAAGCCUUCGUAAGCUCUCUUGGAAACAAACGCAAAAAAGGAAAACAUGAAGUAAAAGAGAGAAGGCAAAAAUCGAAAUCUGAAAACCGUGCGAGAAAAGCAUUGAGGACUAUUUCUUUCAUAUUAGGUGCAUUUGUGUUGUGUUGGACUCCUUAUCACAUAUGCGCAUUGGUAGAAGGAUUUUGCACUGAUACUGCUGGAUGUGUGAACUAUCACUUGUUCUAUUUCACGUAUUUUUUAUGUUACGCUAACAGUCCAGUUAACCCCUUUUGUUACGCAAUGGCAAACCAGCAGUUCAAAAAAACAUUUUAUCGACUCCUUCGAGGUGAUUUCCAUCACACAUAG